UGGACUUUUAGGAAAGAAAGAAGAAAUCCAAAUCGCAUUUUAAACACGAAAUUGAAAUUCGGAAGUGUAAAAAAAAACAUCGCCGCGCAUACACAGAUGGCACAUAUGCACAAAUCCACUUCCGUUUUACAAGGAUCUUUGGUGUGAUUGUGUAAAUGUGUCUUUUUUUUCUCGUAUGGUAAAAGUAGUUUAGAACUGGUCUGGUGGGAAUCGAAUAAAAAUUAAUGACUCGUUGUACAGUAAAAUCUAGAUCACUAGGCGUUGAAACUGAAAGUAAUUUGACAUAUUAUGUAGCAUUAGGAUUUUCUUGAUAAUCGAACCGUUUUCGGAACCGUCAUCGUGCUAACCUUGUUUUACGAGUGUUCACGUCUUCACGAGUAUUACUACGGACAGUUCACCAUCUGUUUGUUGCCAAUUUUCGCAGAUCUACAGCUAUUUUCGGAUACCUCCGCUCUUGCAAUGAAAGUCAAAUAAUACUUUAAAACCCAUCGCAAGGCGUAACGUAUUUGACAUUUUUUUUUUGUCAAAUAGUUAUCGACGGUUUAAGCCCUCUAUCAAAAUUCCGCCGUGCUCAAUUUCCAACCGACGCAUUAUCCAGCAGUCAAUUAAAAUUUACCAAAAAGUCUUCAGCAGUCUUGAAAAGCUGAUUGAUAUGAACACCUAAGAAAUAUAAGCGAAUUGGAUAAAAAUUUAUAAAAAAAAGUCACCUUGCUCAAGAAAAAUGUCUGGAACAAACGAAAGCACCGGAAGUGGCAACACUUGUAUCGUAUGCUACAGAAAUGUCAACAUCUACAGCAUCGGAAUGUGCGAGCACCCUGUUUGCUAUGAAUGUAGCACUCGAAUGAGAGUACUUUGCCAGCAGAAUGAAUGUCCAAUUUGUCGUCAAGACCUUCCGAGAGUCGUCUUCACCCGAGAACAGAAGCAAUUUCGACAUCUCAAGAAAGGUCACCUAGUGGACGAAAGAUAUAACAUUUUUUUCGAUAGUCCUGAUAUUCAGGAGCGGUUUAUAAUGUUAUUAACCCACACUUGUUCAAUUUGUCCCGACAAGCAGGUGUUCAGUAAUUUCAAUAGCUUGAAAGAUCACAUGAGACGUAAACACGAUCUAUUUUAUUGCGAGCUCUGCGUCGAUAAUUUAAAAAUUUUUUCUCAUGAGAGGCGUUGUUACACGAGACAAGAGUUGAACCAGCACAACAUAAAAGGAGAUCUGGACGACAAAAGCCACAAGGGACACCCCCAGUGUAAAUUCUGUGUGAAACGAUACAUGGAUAACGACGAGCUGUACCGUCAUUUGCGGAGAGAUCACUUAUACUGCCACUACUGCGACGCUGAUGGUCUUCAUCAAUACUACAGCUCGUACGACUACCUCAGAGAUCACUUCCGGGCGGAGCAUUACCUCUGUGAGGAAGGAGCCUGCGCCGAGGAAAAAUUUACCAGUGUAUUCAGGACCAAUAUAGAUCUUAAGGCCCAUAAAGCUACGAUCCAUGGGAAACAAAUGGGAAAAGCAGCCACGAAACAAGCGCGAACUCUUGAGCUUGAAUUCACUUUAGCUCCAAGAGGCGACAAUCGUUACAGGAGAGGAAUGGGGCCUCUGAGUUCCAGAAAUACCAGGGACUACAACCAGGAAUGGAAUCCUAGAGAACAGGAAGCUGGAGCCGUUGGGGGUGCGGGAUAUUUUCCCGAGGAAGCGAUGUACGUUCAGCAACCUUUGGUGGAUGUUCAGAGCACGGAGCAAUUUCCAAGCCUUGGAAAUUCAGCGUCUGUGAUUCCAAAUAUGGGGAAAACGAAAGGUCGAGGGAACGUGACGAUUCGCAGUACGUUGAGACAACCGCUGGAGAUUUCUGACGAGAAUUUUCCAGCUCUGGGACCAGAACCUACCAAUAGUGGAGUCUCAAAAACGGUGAACUUCAGCUUGUCUAGUUCGAAUAAAUCUGGUCCGAGUGGAAUGCAGCGCCAGCAAAAUUCGGCACCUACUAAUGUUUCGAUACAUGUUAAUCACAAGUCGAAUGGUACUAAUAUUAGGAUCAGGCCUGCGCCGAUGACGAGAGACAAGGAAUUCCCGGCUCUUAGUCGGGCUGAACCUUCCAGGAGUAAUGCCAGCGUUUCUCAGUGGACGAGAAUUACUUGUGUAAAGCCGGCGCAGGCACCGAAGUCGAAGAAAGUCGCUCCACCACCCCUUGCUCCCUCGCCUCCACCUAUUAACUCCGGAGAGGACUUUCCUACUUUACUUAAAUCGUCCAAGUAUAGCAAGCAGUCGACGAUUUCGAUUGGACCUUCCUCUUCCUCCUGGGAACCGCCACCGCUACCUCCGACACAGGCCUCGGAUACAAACACUGCAAAAAGCACGAGUGACGCCACAAAGGGUAAAGCGAAGAAGAAAAAAGUUAAGCCAAACUCAAAUGGUAAUAAUUCAAGCAGCAACGACUCCUCAAGUCCAAAAACUAGCCUGACUGAUCAAAGUAUCAAGAAAGAUGAAUCGUUCAAAAAAACCAAUUUCCUUCAAGAUAAAAUGAAGGGAUCGCCGAAAAAAGAUUCUUCAAUUUCGUCCGGUUCUCAAUCUACGAAGAAUGAUAAAAACUUAACCAACUCUACAUCCGGAAAUUCCCUAAAUACGCCGAAAUCUGCAUCGCCGAAGAAGGAACCGAGAAGUAAACAGCAGAAGAAACCCGAGCUUAACACCUCGCGCUCGGAAUCUUGCCUCGCGAAUUCUAGAAAUUUAGAAUCCGAAAAUGGGAGUUCAAACUCCAGCCAAAGAAAACGCUCCGAAUUAAAAAUAGAUAGCCUAAAUUCAACAAAUAACAAUAGUCUUAACGAUUCGGAGGAUUUCCCGGCACUCGGGUGCAGCACGAGUAAACCUCCUGGGUUUUCGAAUCCUCCACCUGGAUUUUCUUCUGCCGUUCCUCCUCCAGGUUUUUUCGUUAAGCUUAAUAAUGUACAAAGAUUGCAGAAUGAUAAUGGAUUGACCUUCACGAGCAGUUCGGGCGAGAGUUAUUCCAUUGUUCCAGAUAAUGAUAAACAAAGUAAAUUCUACGCUUACGUUUCGCCGCCAGAUUUUCAAAAAAGGAACCAAGGCCUUGUUGCGAAAGUCAGCGAAGUUUUGGGAGAACAAGAACCGAUCGACGAGUUUCGAUACAUCAGUGGACUUUUUCGAAAAGGAAUUUGUGAUGCAGAAGAUUACUAUACACGUUGUCGCGCUGUCAUGGGUACUUCCGCUUUCGAAAGCGUCUUCUCCGAACUUUUAGUACUCUUGCCAGACAUAAAAAAGCAGCAAGAGCUUUUUAAGGUCCAUAAAAAGGAGGUCAGUGGGCAGAUCAAAAAUUUAGAAUUGUGCGCCACUUGCGGGCAGAUUUUAAAAAGUGCCGAUCUCCAGUCGCAUUUAUCCAAUCACACGUUUCCGGCCCUCGGCGAAACAGUCACUGAUCAUCCAAACUUUACUUGGGCUCGGAAGUGAAGUGUAUAAAGCGAUCUGAAUUUAUAUAUUUUUUUUUAAACGAAUCUCGAACGAUUCUAAAUCUUGAAAAAAUCGAUCAUUUUCAAUAUUGGAAGACGAUUCUUUUUUCUAUCUUUCGUUCCCCAGAGUUCUUUAUUUUUUUUGCAUUAGGAAUGAAAAUGAAUUGUAGAUUCUGUCUCCAAAUUUAGCAUGAGAAUAAAUGAAUUAUGAGGAGACAAAUGGAAGAGUGACGCAAGCUUUUUGAAUAUGCGACGCGUUGGUCAACUUGAUUCAUUGGCUACGUAAAGUAUGUAUAAUUUAAAGAGAAACUUGUGCUGAAUUUCAAAAUAUAUUUUGUCCAGCUGUUUUUGUAUAACUGUAUAUGAUGAAUGUUGGGACAAACUUUAAACUCGAGUUUUUAUACUUGUCAGUGUAAUGCAGACUGGUUAUUGCGAGUCAUGUGAAUUUUGUUGUAUACUAAUAUUAUUAACGGGCGACCAUUCUCUCGAGAUGAGACUGCUUGAAUUUCCUGCCAAGAAUUCAAUUUAACGCGGUUAAAACUGCAGACAUUCGGGAAGAUUUUGCGAAUUAUUUUUACUAAUUUUUUCUCAGCUGUAUGAUAUGUAUUUUAUAUAACAGUCAAUAUUUGAAAAUAAUACAGCUCGUAUCGAAGGCGCGCAGGUACGUGUUAAUAAACAAUAAUUAUAAAACAGUUUCCCGGUACACCUUUUUAGUAACCCAUGCGUGCCUAGUGCGUUCAAGUGCGUGCAUGUAUAUAAAUUCUAUAAAUAAAUAGUGAAUUCUGUUAUAUAAUUUGUUAGUAGUUUGAAUAGUUAGAGGCGAGAUAAUGAGGAAUGAAAGAAGGUAACGGAAAACGUUAUGGAACAGUUAUUACUACGGUCGAUACCGUACUUCCAUCAUGUUUUGUACAAUAACGAAGUUAUAAAUAAAGUACAAGAUUUAUUUGUAAAACAA